GACUGCUGGAUGGGGGCUGCAGGGUGGGGCCAGGGAGGACGUGACCCCGUCCAGCAGAGCCUUGUGCUUGGCCCCACAGGUCCGAGUCGGGAGGACCACGCACGGUGUGGGUGAUGCUGCCGGAGGAUGUGGAGAGGCUGCAGCAGGUGGACAGCCUGCACCCCCGCCGGAUGAGCCUGGAGCCCUGGGUGGCCUACAGACAACACCGUGGGCACAAAUGCGGCGUGUUCUUGCUGAACGGGCCUGAAUGGCGCUUCAACCGAUUGCGGCUGAACCCGGAUGUGCUGUCACCCAAGGCUGUGCAGCGGUUCCUCCCGAUGGUGGAUUCGGUGGCCAGGGACUUCUCCCAGGCCCUCAGGAACAAGGUGCUGCAGAAUACCCGGGGGAGCCUGACCCUGGACAUCCAGUCCAGCAUCUUCCACUACACCAUAGAAGCCAGCAACUUAGCCCUCUUUGGAGAGCGGCUGGGCCUGGUUGGCCAUAGCCCCAGCUCUGCCAGCCUGAACUUCCUCCAUGCCCUGGAGGUCAUGCUCAAGUCCACCGUCCAGCUCAUGUUCAUGCCCAGGAGCCUGUCUCGCUGGACCAGCCCCAAGGUGUGGAAGGAGCAUUUUGAGGCCUGGGACUGCAUCUUCCAGUAUGGUGACAACUGUAUCCAGAAAAUCUAUCAGGAACUGGCCUUCAACCGCCCUCAACACUACACGGGCAUCGUGGCAGAGCUCCUGUUGAAUGCGGAACUGUCGCUAGAUGCCAUCAAGGCCAACUCGAUGGAACUCACCGCAGGGAGCGUGGAUACGACGGUGUUUCCCUUGCUGAUGACGCUCUUUGAGCUGGCUCGGAACCCCGACGUGCAGCAGGCCCUGCGCCAGGAGAGCCUGGCCGCCGCCGACAGCAUCAGUGAACAUCCCCAGAAGGCAACCACCGAGCUGCCCCUGCUGCGGGCGGCUAUCAAGGAGAGCUUGAGGCUCUACCCUGUGGGCCCCUUUUUGGAGCGAGUGGUGAGCUCAGACCUGGUGCUGCAGAACUAUCACAUCCCAGCUGGGACAUUGGUGCGUGUGUCUCUCUACUCUCUGGGUCGCAACCCCGCCUUGUUCCCGAGACCUGAGCGCUAUAGGCCCCAGCGCUGGCUAGACACCAAGGGCUCUGGCAGGAACUUCCAGUACAUGCCCUUCGGCUUUGGCAUGCGUCAGUGCUUGGGAAGGCGCCUGGCAGAAACAGAGAUGCUGCUGCUGCUGCACCACGUGCUGAAACACCUCCAGGUGGAGACACUAACCCAAGAGGAUAUAAAGAUGGUCUACAGCUUCAUACUGAGGCCCAGCACGUACCCGCUCCUCACCUUCAGGGCUCUGCACCCAGGGUCCCAGCCUGGCCACCAGCCUCCCUCUGCCUGACCAAGGCCACCCUGCUUCUCUCCCACGUGCACAACUUUCUGAGCCACCCCUCUGUCCAGGCAGCCUCAGCACAAAUGGAAUUCCUGAGGGCCUCCAGGACCUGGGCUUGCCAGGCUAAGCAGCAAAGCCAGGGUACAGGUGGGACGAUCUUGCUGGCAGGGCCUUGUCCCCAGCCCCACCUGGCCCCUUCUCCAGCAAGCAGUGUCCUCUGGGCGGUUUGGCCCCACCCCUCCAGGCGCUGGCUCCAGGCUCCUUGUGUGGCCAUGCAAGGGUGCUGUGAUUUUAUCCCUUGCCUUCCUGCCUAGUCUCACAUGUACCUGUCCAUCUCCCCCCGGCCAGUGCCUCUGUGCAGACUGUGUCGGAGUCAGUAAGUGGGAUCCCUGCAUCUCAGAGUCAAGUUCCCUCCUGCAGCCUGCCACAGCUCGAGCAUGCCCUGAGCGCUCUGAAAGUUGUCACCUUGGAAUAGGGUGCUGCAGGGUAGAGUAAAAAGGCCCCUGUGGUCCCUUGCCCUGA